UCAACAUUUAAGCUCUCUCCCCAACCCUCUAAACCCUAACCGCCGCCGUCUCUCUUUCCGGCGACCGAUUAUGGAAAUUGUGGAUAUGGAGUCCUCGCCGGCGCCGGAUUUCUCCGAGGACUUCUCCUCCUCCGUGCUCUCCCAGUUCGGAAACUCCACAAUCGAGCACCACCUCCGCGUCUGCGCCACCAUCGGCGCCAUGUCGCAGGAGCUCCGGGAGCAGCGCCUCCCCCUCACCCCAAUCACCUACUUCGGCGCCACCUGCUCCUCCCUCGACCGCCUCGCGUCGAGCAUCGACUCCUCCGGCUCCAUCCUCGACGCUCUGCUCACGAUUCUGUCUCUCGUCGUCGUCCGAUUGCCGCCAGCUGUUUUGAAAUCGAAGCACAGUUAUCUCUCCGAGCUGCUGAUUAAGAUCCUUGGAUUGAAAACCGUGGGAGUUGAGGGCGUCGUGCCUGGAUUGAAAUUCGUCGCGCGAUUGGUGAUUGUGAGCGAGAAGGAGUCGUGGGAAGACGUCGCGGAGCUUUACGGUGUUUUGAUUGGUUACAUGACUGAUGAUCGCUUCAAGGCAAGGAGACGGUCGCAUUUAUGCCUACGUGAUGUCUUGAAGCAUUUCCAGUCAGCGCCCUCACUUUCUCCGUCGCUAGCAUUUGCAAGUGAAGCCAUAACGAAUGUGUUUGUGAGGUUUCUUCUGCUUGCCGGAGGAUCAAAUGAAAAUGUUUCAGAAGUUUCCGGAACAGCACGGAAUGUUCUUAGAAUUCUGGAUGCUCUAAAAAUUUGUCUUCCCUAUAUGUCAUCAAAAUCCACAGCGAACAUACUGGAGCGUUUCAAAUCUCUCUUGACGCUCAAACAGCGGGUUGUCACUACACCUAUAACAGAUGGUUUAAAAGCCCUCUGUCUCCACCCGGGUUCAGAAAUAUCCGCUGAAACACUUCUUGAUCUGUUAUGCUCUCUAGCCAGCUCAGGCUCUCCAGAGGACUCAUCUGCUGAUACCAUGACUCUAACGAUUCGCUUGCUAGACAUUGGGAUGAAAAGAGUUUACUCGCUGAACAGGCAAAUAUGUGUCAUUAAGCUUCCUCUUGUUUUCAAUGCACUAAAAGAUUUUUUGACUUCUGGACAUGAGGAGUCUUUGGUAGCAGCUGUGACAACAUUGAAGAGCUUAAUACAUUCGUGUAUAGAUGAGACCAUGAUCAAACAGGGUGUUGAACAGAUUACAGCCAGUGCCAGUUCUGUCAUCAGGAAAUCUGGCCCAACUUUAAUAGAAAAAAUCUGUGCAACAAUUGAGAGCCUGCUUGAUUAUCAUUAUGAAGCAGUCUGGGAUAUGUCAUUUCAGAUUGUUUCUACCAUGUUUGAAAAAUUAGGUAAGAAUUCUGUUUACUUUAUGGAGGGAACACUCAAGAGUUUAGCUGAUAUGCAAAAAUUGCCGGAUGGAGACUUUGGUUUCAAGAAAGAGUUGCAUGAGUGUGUGGGAACUGCUCUUGGCGCUAUGGGACCCGAGAACUUUUUGAGUCUUCUACCUCUUAAUUUGGGUGUUCCAGAUCUAUCUGAGAGCAAUCUAUGGCUGUUUCCAAUCCUGAAACAGUAUAUUGUUGGUGCUCGUUUGAAUUUCUUUACCGAAUCAAUCUUACCCAUGGCUACAGAGAUGAAGCGGAAGUCGGCAAUGCUUGAAAAGGAAGGAAAACUACAGUCAGCUAGGAGUGUGGAUGGGAUUGUGUACUCCUUGUGGUCACUGCUACCAUCCUUUUGCAACUAUCCUGUUGACACUGCUGCAAGUUUCAAGAGUCUAGAGGGAGCGUUAUGCACAGCUCUCCAAGAAGAACAUGAACUUCGGGGUAUAAUAUGCUCCAGCUUGCAAAAUCUUAUUCAGCAGAAUAAGAGAAUUCUGGAAGGGAAGGGGAAUACGAUUGAUAGUGAAAUAAGUCUUGCAGAACAGCAGGCUGCUGCCUUGUAUACUGAAAAUAUUGCUACAUCUAACUUGAAUACAUUGAAAUCCUCGGAUCUGUUGCGUGUUCUUGCUGGAGUCUAUUUCAAAUGCUCUAAAGAUACUGCAGGCAUUUUGCAGACUACGAUCCGUGAACUUGCUUCAAUAUUGGAUAAGGAGGUGGUCUCGUCAUUUUUCAAACAAUCCAUGAAAAAGCUUGUGAAGGUUACCUUGGAAGCCAACAAAUCAAAGAAUGAAAAGAAUUCCAAUCUCAUGCAGAUAGAUGAUUCUGGAAACGAUGGCUCACUGUCUGCUGUUAGGGUACAGUUGUUUGAUGUUGCAGUUUCCCUUUUACCCGGAUUAGGUCCCAAGGAAAUUGAUAUUCUAUUUGAGCAAAUGAAACAUGCAUUGAAGGAUUCUGAUAGUUUGAUCCAAAAGAAGGCCUAUAGAGUACUAUCUUUGAUAUUACAGUACUCCGAUGACUUUAUUUCAAGAAAACUAGAUGAAGUGCUCUCUUUGAUGGUUGAAGUGCUGCCCUCUUGCCAUUUUGCUGCAAAACGUCACAGACUUGACUGCUUAUAUUUUGUGAUCGUUCACAUUUCUAAGGAAGGAUAUGAGCAGAGGAGGCGUGACAUUACUGCUUCUUUCCUUACAGAAAUUAUACUAGCCCUAAAAGAGACUAACAAGAAAACAAGAAAUAGAGCAUAUGAUGUUCUUGUCCAAAUUGGUCAUGCCUGUGAAGAUGAGGAGAAAUGUGGCAAGGAGACACUGCAACAAUUUUUUGCCAUGGUUGCUGGAGGUUUGGCAGGGGAGACCCCUCAUAUGAUUAGUGCUGCUAUGACAGGCUUAGCCCGUUUGGCUUAUGAGUUCUCCGACCUCGUUUCUGCUGCUUAUAACGUUCUUCCAUCCACAUUCCUUCUCCUGCAAAGAAAGAACAAAGAAAUCACUAAGGCUAAUUUGGGUUUGCUGAAGGUAUUAGUUGCCAAAUCACAAGCCGAAGCUCUGCAAGGUCACCUACGCGGCAUGGUGGAAGGCAUGCUUAACUGGAAAGAUAGCAGCAAAAACCAUUUCAAAGCUAAAGUUAAACAGCUGCUUGAAAUGCUUGUGAAGAAAUGUGGUAUGGAUGCUGUCAAGCAAGUCAUGCCUGACGAGCAUAUGAAGUUGCUAACUAAUAUCCGAAAGCUGAAUGAGCGGAAAGAGAAGAAACAGACCGACAAAUCUUCAGAAGAUAGGUCUGUAGUAUCGAGGGCAACUACAACCAGGAUGAGCCGAUGGAAUCAUACGAAAAUCUUUUCUGAUUUCGAUGAUGAAGAUACAAGAAUGAGUGGUGGUGACUUUAAAAACGAAAAGAGUGUUUCUGGUCAGCAGAGCAAGUACUCUGCCGGGCAGCAAUCCCGAGCUACUCAGCUAAGAUCAAAGAAAGCACGAAAAGCAGCAAAGCAAUUGGAAGAAGACACGUUGGAUCAAUUAGACGACGAGCCCCUCGACAUGCUGGAUGGUCAGAAGAUGAGGACUGCACUUCGUUCAUCAGCCCCAGCAAAGGCGAAGUCUGAUUCAGACGAUGAACCGUCCAUAGAUGAUGAAGGCCGCAUGAUUAUUCACGAGGAAGGCAAGUACAGCAAGUCGGACAGAAAACAUAAACGAGAGGCGUCCUCGGAGGGUGACGGGGCAGAUGGAAGGAGCCGCGCCGGAAGCCACGUGUCUGGAAAUACGCAGAAGACACAGAAGCGGAUGAAGACAUCGUCAGAGUCCGGGUGGGCAUACACAGGCAAGGAGUAUGCGAGCAAGAAGGCCGGCGGUGAUGUGAAGAGGAAGGACAAGCUCGAGCCUUACGCGUAUUGGCCACUUGACCGGAAGAUGGUGAGUAGGAGGCCGGAGCAUCGGGCAUCUGCCAGAAGUGGUAUGGCGAGGGUGGUGAAGCUGACGAAGAAGAUGGAAGGGAAGAGCGUAUCGCACGCCCUUUCGAUGAAGGGAGCAGUGUUGAAGAGGAAGAAGAAAGGUGGUAAGUAGACAUGGAUGGUAUUUUGUAUUAACAGAUGAGAAAUUCACAGUUUUGCUAGUAGUAUAUUGAAAGAGUGCGU